UUUUCAGAGGGACAGCUUUACAUCGCCAAGGAAUGGAACUUGAUCAUCAGUUAAGAGUAAUGGAAUGCGUCCAACAGAAUACGCAAGACCAGGCCUUGAUACCAUGGAAAUAUUGCAUGCAAACGGAUCAUCAACUAUCAAAAGAAGAGCUAGCAAUACUUUGGUGCAAGACUUUAAACCCAACUUACAGGAUGGUUUUGGAUGCUCUAACAAAAUGUGUCGAUGACAGUAUGACUUCCUUCGAAGUCGAAGCAUGGAUACCCAUCAUGCAAACAUGUGCUCAUUCGACGGCGACAGAAAUGACGGAAACUGCAAGCAUAACCUCUGCUUCUUCACAUACUACAUACAAAGGAACGCAAUAAAGGAAACGUUUUUAAGCCUUGAAAAUUAACUCGGAAUGAAUGAACAUUUUGUAGUAUUUUGCUUUAUGUCUGCAUAUAUAAAGCUUUUUUUA